UGUAAAUGUAGAUUUUAAUUGUGAGUAUUGAGUGCAAAAAUAUUCAAGAAUAAUGGGUUUCACAAUGUUAUAUCAGUAUCCCACAACAGAUAACAAAACUGGUCCUCAGAUUAUUGAACAAUUGACCAAAAAAGUUAUUACAUUGGGUGCCAAACCAGCUGGACACUUUCUGGUUGACUGCGAUACGUACAUGUCAGUUCCACAAUUAGGUGAUGGCUCUCCGGGCCGGACGGUGCACGUGCUCCACAACUCGGAGCAUCCGGCCUCGGUGUUCGCGAUCCUGGAGACCGGGAGCAAGGUCGUGCCCCUGAUAGCCGACAAUCUCUUCGAUCUGCUCAUGCUCAAGAUGACUCAGAUCUACACGAACAAGAAGCAAACGAAGAUCGAGUGCAAGGGACCUCGGUUCGAGUAUGUCGACUUGGUCAUCAAACUCGGCACGGUCACCAUGUCCCAGAACUUCAAAGGUGUCCUCGUCGAGGUCGAGUACGGCCCGAUGAUUGUACCUACCAACUGUUGGGAGCUGAUGCGCGAAUUCGUCCACAGUUUUCUCGGAAACACGAUGUCGCAUCAGAUACCGCCGCACUUGCAGGUAAAUAACCGUAUGAAUGAAGUUUACCAACCGAUCGACACGAUUCAUCAGUACCUGGAUCACUUUGGCCAGUACCGAAAAACAGCGGGGUUGCUCUAA